AUGACCUUGUUCGAUGGCUCCUUCCCCUUCUACCCCAACACCAGGACGCCUUUCCCCUUUAACACGACCUCGGUCGUGAUCAUCUCCGUGUUCCUCACCGUGUUGGCCACGUUCAUUCUCAUCCUGCCUGGAAUCCGGGGCAAAGGGAGGUUCUUCUGGCUCCUGAGAGUGGUCACCAGCCUCUUCAUUGGAGCAGUGAUUCUCAGUGUUAACUUCACCAGGGACUGGGAGAUUGGCUGGGUGACGGCGAACACCUCCUACAAAUCCUUCAGCCGCGCUGUGGUGAACGCAGACAUUGGCCUGCAUAUCGGCUUGGCGGGGGUCAACAUCACGCUAGUGGGGAACCCAGUGAAUCAGAUCAACGAAACCAUCAACUACAACGAACAUUUUGCCUGGCACUUGGGAGCAGACUACGCCUGCAUCUACGCGGACAGCCUGGCGAAGGGGCUGCCCAGCCCCAUCCUGUAUGUGGCAGAGAAGUUUAGCCGGCACAGCCCGUGUGGCGUGCACAGCCAGUACAGGAUCUCCGGCCACUAUACCUCUGUCACUCUGUGGUUGGCCUUCUGCACCUGGCUGAUUUCCAACAUGCUGUUCUCCAUGCCAGUCCUGCUGUACGGGAGCUACAUGAUCCUACUCACGGCAGCACUGCUGAUCUGCUCACUGCUCUUCUUCUCUGUUGCGAGGAACUCCCCGAUGUGCACCAUCCGGUUCAGUUCAGCCUCCUUGCAGACUGUCUACGGGGCAUCCUUCUGGCUCACGCUAGCAACAGGGCUGCUGUGCUUCCUCCUGGGGCUGGGUGUGAUCGUCCUGAAUUCUGUGCAGCCUGAGAAGCUGAAGCUGGUCUUUAAUCUGAGUGAGGAAGGGAGAGAGGAAGAGGAAGAGGAGGGGCCUGCCCAGCGACCCCUGAGAGACAAAGCAAGCUCCUUUGAGCAGGACACGCUCCUGGCGCCACUGAGCGAGCAUUGCAAAGUGAUGGUUACUGAGCUGUAG